AUGCUCCUCAAAGCCAGGUCUCUUCUGUUCUGUCUUUUCCUAGUGUUGUUUCUCGUCUUUCACCUCUACAUACAAAAAACCAUCAAGCGACUUUCACAUCAGUCCACAUCCGACCCUCACCAAGAUGUUCUGCCUGAAAACGCAGAGUGGUACAACGAGGCUGGCACGCCACUAUUCUACAGUGCCUGGCGGUCCGACCCAAACACAGCUAAACCACCCGAGCCCAUAAGACGCUCUGAUAUCUUCAAGAGCGGAGCGCGUGUAGCUUGUUGGCCAUCUACUGGCGGAGUAUGGGUAAAGAAUUUAGAUCUCGUCGAAAUGGAUUUCCUAGGCUUGAAUCGACUCGGACACACACCUCGACAAUUCAAUCAGACAGCUGAAGACGAAUUUUGCUGA